GGGUGCGGUCCCAGCUUCCCCUCCUCCCUGUUCCCUCCUGCCCCUCCUCUUCUCUCCCCUCCCGGGUUCUUCCCGCCGACCGACCCGGCCCGUCCGCCUUUCCAGUCUGGCCGGGCGGGGGCCUGACGAACGGCGGCUCGGGCCGUGGGACCGUGGUCACACCCUUUCCAGAAAUUCUUGGCUGGAAACUGCAAAACCGACUAGCGCAGGAGCUGGGAGAACUGGAGAAAACUGGCCUAAUCUCACUUGACUCCAGCUGGGGGCUGAUGCUGCAUCAUCAUAUUUGCAAAGCGCUCUCACAGGUCAAUGGCCACAAUCCAGGGUCUGAUGGCCAAGCCAGGGAAUCCCUCAGAGAAGACCUGCAGAAGUUCCUGGGUGGGGAAGUCCUGCUGCACCAGCUGGAUGACCUCACCAAGGUGAAUCCUGUGACGCUAGAGACAGUCCUGAGGUGCCUGCAGGCCCGGUACAUGGCAGACACAUUCUACACCAAUGCUGGCUGCACCCUGGUGGCUCUGAACCCCUUCAAGCCUGUUCUUCACCUCUACUCGCCCGAGCUAAUGAGAGAGUACCAUGCUGCACCUCAGCCCCAGAAACUGAAGCCCCAUGUGUUCACUGUGGGUGAACAGACCUACAGGAAUGUCAAGAGCCUGAUUGAGCCAGUCAACCAGUCUAUUGUUGUCAGUGGAGAGAGUGGUGCUGGAAAGACAUGGACGUCUCGCUGCCUAAUGAAGUUCUAUGCUGUGGUGGCCACCUCACCCGCAUCUUGGGAGAGCCACAAGAUUGCAGAGAGGAUAGAACAGAGGAUCCUGAACUCCAACCCUGUCAUGGAAGCUUUUGGGAAUGCGUGUACGCUGAGGAAUAACAACAGCAGUCGCUUUGGGAAGUUCAUCCAGCUCCAGCUGAACAGGACUCAGCAGAUGGUUGGAGCCGCAGUCCAGACCUACCUCCUAGAGAAAACUCGAGUGGUCUGCCAGGCUUUCAGUGAGAGGAACUUCCACAUCUUCUAUCAGAUUUGCAAAGGAGCCAGUGAAGACGAGAGGCUCCAGUGGCACCUCCCUGAGGGAGCUGCCUUCUCCUGGCUGCCCAACCCAGAGAAGAGCUUAGAAGAGGAUUGUUUUGAGGUGACCAGAGAGGCCAUGCUCCAUUUGGGUAUUGAUACCCCUACCCAGAACAACAUCUUUAAGGUCCUGGCUGGACUGCUGCACCUUGGCAAUAUCCAGUUUGCUCCCUCCGAGGAUGAAGCCCAGCCCUGCCAGCCAAUGGAUGAUGCCAAGUGCUCUGUCAGGAUGGCAGCCUCGCUGCUGGGGCUUCAAGAGGAUGUGCUGCUGAAGACAGUGCUGAUUAGAACCAUCAGGGCAGGCAGGCAGCAGCAGGUGUUCCGAAAGCCCUGCCCCCGAGCCGAAUGUGACACCCGCAGAGACUGCCUGGCCAAACUGAUCUACGCGAGGCUGUUUGACUGGCUGGUAUCAGUGAUCAACAGCAGCAUCUGUGCAGACACCAACUCAUGGACCGCCUUCAUAGGCCUGCUGGAUGUGUAUGGAUUUGAGUCAUUUCCCGACAACAGUCUGGAACAGUUAUGUAUCAACUACGCCAAUGAGAAACUGCAGCAGCACUUUGUGGCUCACUACCUAAGGGCCCAGCAGGAGGAAUAUGCAGCUGAGGAUCUGGAGUGGUCAUUUAUCAGCUACCAGGACAACCAACCUUGUUUGGAUCUCAUUGAGGGGAGCCCCAUCAGCAUCUGCUCCCUCAUAAAUGAGGAAUGCCGCCUCAAUCGACCAAGCAGCGCAGCCCAGCUCCAGACACGCAUUGAGACUGCCCUGGCAGGCAGCCCCUGCCUGGGCCACAAUAAGCUCAGCCGGGAACCCAGCUUCAUCGUGGUGCAUUAUGCAGGACCUGUGCGGUACCUCACAGGGGGCCUGGUGGAGAAGAACAAGGACCCCAUCCCACCUGAGCUGACUGGGCUCCUGCAGCAAUCCCAGGACCCCCUGCUCUUGGGGCUGUUUCCUACUAACCCCAAAGAGAAGACCCAGGAGGAACUCUCUGGCCAGAGCAGGGCCCCUGUAUUGACCGUGGUGUCCAAGUUCAAGGCCUCCCUGGAGCAGCUCCUACACGUCCUACACAGCACCACACCCCACUACAUUCGCUGCAUCAAGCCCAACAGCCAGGGCCAGGUGCAGACCUUUGUCCAGGAGGAGGUCCUGAGCCAGCUGGAGGCCUGUGGCCUCGUGGAGACCAUCCACAUCAGUGCUGCUGGCUUCCCCAUCCGGGUCUCUCACCAAAACUUUGUAGAACGAUACAAGUUACUGAGAAGGCUUCGUCCUCACACAUCCUCUGGCCCCCACAGCCCAUAUCCUGCCAAAGGGCUCCCUGAAUGGUGUCCACAUGCCAAGGAAGCCACACUUGAACCUCUUCUCCAGGACAUUCUUCACACUCUGCCGUUCCUAACUCAGACCAAAGCCACACCUGGUGACUUGGCCGAGGCCAUGCCAACCCCAGUGCACUGUGGCAGGACCAAGGUGUUCAUGACUGACUCCAUGCUGGAGCUUCUGGAAUGUGGGCGUGCCCAGGUGCUGGAGCAGUGUGCCCGCUGCAUCCAGAGUGGCUGGAGGAGACACCGGCAGCGGAAGCAGGAGCGGCAGCGGCGGGCCGCCGUACUCAUCCAGGCAGCCAUUCGUUCCUGGUUAACUCGGAAACGCAUCCAGAGGCUACACGCAGCUGCUACAGUCAUCAAGCGCAUGUGGCAGAAGUGGAGAAUCAGAAUGGCCUGCCUUGCUGCUGAAGAACUGGAUGAUGUGGAAGAAAAACACCUCUCUCAAGCUCCUGGUUCCCUAAGUACCUCCCCACUGCAGACCAGGCUCCUGGAAGCAGUAAUCCGCCUCUGGCCCCUGGGGCUUGUCCUGACCAACACAACUAUGGGUGUAGGCAGCUUUCAGAGGAAAUUGGUGGUCUGGGCCUGCCUCCAGCUCCCCAGGGGCAGUCCCAGUAACUACACAGUCCAGAUAGCACAACAGGACCAGGCUGGUGUCACAUCCAUCCGAGCGAUGCCUCAGGGAUCGAUAAAGUUUCACUGCAAAAAGUCUCCAUUGCGCUAUGCUGACAUCUGCCCUGAACCUUCGCCCUACAGUGUUACCGGCUUUAAUCAGAUUCUGCUUGAAAGACACAGGCUGAUCCAUGUGACCUCUUCUGCCUUCACUGAGCUGGGUGAUCCUUGGUGCCUUUGUUUCCACAAGGCCUUUUCCUGCCAGCUGCCUUGCCAAAGACAUUUAAUCAGCACACAGCUGCCAAACUAUUCCCUCAGUGCUCCAAACACACAUGAGCAACAGUGUUAGCUCCAGCCUUGAAGCCAGGGUCCUGUGGCCAGUGUGUCAUUGGGCCUGGGGCUCUAGGCUACAUCAAGCACUGAUGGAGUCAGGGCUCAUAGUUACCAAAGUAGGCUUAAACAUCAGGGUCAUGUUCCUCUACCUUCACAUAUCAAACUCAGCAGCAGUCAUGACUAUCACUACAGUGAGGAACCCCAUUCCACAUAAGCACUUUUGGAAGAAAACAGGCAAAGUUGGCCUAAAAUUGGCACUGGAAUUUGGGCUGGGGAAAAUUUUAUAGUUAUUUCCUUUAAAAAGGAAGAAAACUUUAGUAUUUAAUAAGUUGUUAAUUUAUUUAAUGUAAUUUCAAAUUAUGAACCCAGUGUACAAUAAAAUCACAUCUUGAUUUUAUUUAGUAACACUGUUCAAAUUUAGCUCCAUAUCAAGCGUAAAGCUUAAUACCAUUUAUGAUGUCUGUCAAUGGUACGAAAAGUAAAACAUUUAAGAACAAC